AUGAAUUUUCUGGGCAGCGCAUUAACAACUAUAAAGCCUAGAAAGGAUGACACUUUAAUUGACCGACUUAAUUAUUAUUAUACUUCUAUGAUUAUUAUUGGAUUAUCUGUUACACUUACUGCAAAACAAUAUGUUGGCCAGCCAAUCCAGUGUUGGGUUCCAGCAGAAUUUUCACAUGCAUGGGAGCAAUAUGCAGAGAAUUAUUGUUUUGUUUACAAUACUUAUUGGGUAAAACCAGAUGAACAAAUUCCUCGUCCCGUGGAUGAAAGAGUAAAUCGGCAACUUUUUUAUUACCAAUGGGUGCCUUUUUUGAUGGCAUUGGAGGCCGGAUUUUUUUAUUUUCCGGUAAAUUUUGUUUUAAAUACCUACUUGGAAUGUCCUACUUUUUAG